AACCUGAGCGUUGGGUUUCAACUACACGUGAAAUGUAAAGUACAUGGAAAUGAACGAAAACGAAAGCUUAUGUUCUGUGGAUUCUGAAAGUUGACGAAUCGUUCAUGAACGACACAUCCCUACUCUGAAUGCGUGACGUUAAAGUGGAGAAUUGCACGUUGUAUGUGUCACUUUUUAAGUAUUUCUCCCGAUGCUGCACCACUGUGUACUUUAAUGUUCCUGCGUUUUUUGCGCGUCAUGUCACCCAGUCUAAACUAAUACUAAACUAAUGCUUGACGUCUCAACUGCGUAGUUUCAUAGCUACAAACUGAUGUUUUAUUCAUUAUAACUGAUAUACUUUGAGGAUGUCUGAAAGCAGCAGCAGUGAGGAUGAAAACUCUGCAAGACUGAAAGAAGCUGUCUGGAGCUUUGGACCACAGGAUACCAAGAUCAAUGAAAAAGAUGGAGAAAACAAAAGUCGUAGAGUCGAUGUUUCAAAGCAUGAACAUGAUGGCAAUGAGCUCGGGACAACACCUGAGUUUCAAUCCCAUGUGGCAAAAAAAUUAGGAGCCAUGUUAGACGGGUGCAUUUCAGAAGUGUUUGCUAAAACAGUGGACUCAGAACCUCAGUCCAAAAACAGAGAUGAAGAAGGUUUCCGUCUGUUCUCCACAUCUACCUCUGGAAAAUGGAUGGAACAAUCGCCACCUCCACCUCCUAAAAGGAGACCAAUUCCCAGCUCUAGUGACAGUGACAGUGAGAUGGAGAUGAGGCUCAGAGAAGCUGCUGUGUCUGUGUCAGACAUCCUCGGCCCUUUAGCCCAAACCCUCACAGAGAAGACAGAGGGGAAAAGUACGACAAACGUGCAGUCUGGGGAGGACGACACAGUCGCAAAGAAGACAAAGAAAAAGAAGAAAAGAAAAACAUUCACUGAGGGAAGUGAGGAGAAAAGUAUUCAUGUAUCAGAAAAACAGUCGAACGGAAAAGGAACAGAAGCGCAAACAAGUGUGGUAGAGAAUUUGACAAAGAAAAAAAAGAAAAAGAAACAAAAAAAGUUGGAUUCAUCAAAGGGCGAUGAUGAAUGAAAGACUUUUUAUUAUUCUGUUUAUGCUGUUCUAGGUGUUUGUAUGUAGUUAUAUGUUCAUUGAGGAUGAACAGUUCCUGCGAAGUUAGAAGAACCCGUUGCUUGCCAGUUUAGCAUUUUCAUGCUAUAAAUCCCUCCCAAAAAAUCAUCAAUAAAGUAAAGUUGCAAUUUUACUACAAAAUAUUUUUCUAAAGUCUAGUCUAGCAAAUCGAAAUCUAGAACAGUUACAUUUUAUUGUACAUGCAUUUUUAUUAGUCACACAUUUGAAUCCUGAAACUAAUUAUAGUUGUGAAAUGAAAACUUGACUGUCCUUUUAUUGAGCAUAAUUUAAGGAUUUAUGAAGAAACAUCAUCAUUAGCAUGGGUAGGCAGCAGAUAGCAAUAUAGCAGGACAGAUGUGUAUAUGUUUUAGUUUUUCAUUGUUGUCUGUUUGCUCUCAGCAGCUUUUGGAAGUGGUAUUGUCAUCAGUAGCUGCAGCUAUUGCGCAGUAGAGACCAUCUGUGUAGGGAUGUAAGGGUCGAUGUCCCCUGGUGAAGACGAAAGCAGGUGUGUAGGAUGGGUUUCACUUGUCUGGGUCUGAGAGUAGAGCUCCAAACUAUCUGAAGACACUGGAAAUUUAAAGGUGAAGUGAGUGAGAUUGAUUAAUGUUAAUGUUACAUUCUCUUAAUCCAAUUUAUGUACAUUGACUACUAUUAGUAUGCCAUUAAUGGGUGUAUCUCUCCCAAAAGUGUAAACAUUAAGCCUACUGGACAGCGUCUAAACAUCCUGUUCACACACACUCCGUUUGCAGUGUAUAUUUUAGUACGUAUGCGGUGCACGUGCUUAUCCGCGGCUUUAGACGGAAUAAAUAUAAGCAACGCAAUAUUCGAUUCGUUGUUUCUAUAUAGAAUUAUAGGCCUACAGUAUAUUAAGAAUGCUCAAGCAAGUGGCUAAACAUUUAAACACGAUACUACUUGCGUAAAAUGUUAGUAGUCACAAAUAGUUUAAACUAACUUACCAUCCACACCAACUGCCGAAGAAAUUGUCUCCCAUGCCUUUUUCUUUCGUGUUUAAAACUUUAUUUGAUAAGUCCUGCUGGUCAUACAACACGUGUUUUUCCACCUCACUGUUUAGACGAUCGUCAUCCAUUGUAGCUUUCUUGUUCCGAGUGUAGUUCGCUGACCACCAGCAUGUCACAUAAUUGCAUGGUGCGUUCUAGUGCAUCUCACAUUAGAAAAAGUACUUUAGAUGUCAUUUUUACCACAUUAGUUAUUUUUGCAACUCCUGGUCAGUCUAAGGAAGCUGGUUUCUGCUACAGAAUAAUAGAUGUUUAAUUGUAUGCAAGUUUACAUCUAAAAUUAAAGAAAUAUAACCAGAAUUGCGAGAAACUCCGCUAUAACAUGCAAUUUACUGACUUUAUUUCUCGCAAUUGUGAGUUCUGAUCUGAAUUGUCAGAAUUGUGUCAAGUUGCGUUUUUUUUUUAAUUCUUAUUUCGUGGCGGAAACAAGCUGCCAUAGUUUUGCUUUUCUUUACUGUGAAAAAAAAUGGUAUACUUAAAUAAUUUGCAUUUAUGGUAAAAUUGCUAUAUUUUCAUGUCGACUUGUGUUCAUUUUGCCCAUGAAUUGCGUGACUAGAUGCAAACUAUCUCUGCACUGGCCGCGCCACUGUGCAGUGUGAAUGCUUGGGCCUGUUUCGUGGGAAAAUACACACUGCAAAAGGGAGUAUGUGUGAACCUGGCGUCAGUCUCUUUACAGUUCGGGGUGUGGCUACUUAAAGCAGGUGGAGCCAAAGGGUAUUUGCCGGUGCGGGUCCAUGACUGACGUGCAUGCGCUGAUGGAAAUUCAGCUUUGUUUCCAGAAGUGCAAGCCAAAAUUCACUGCAUUUAGACUGCCAAAGAUUAAACGGGUCAUGAACUCGCCAAAGUGAACGGGGCAUUGAGAUGUCAAACGGCUUCAAACGGUUGUGGCGUGUCACUUCAAAAAUGCUCCGGGUACUUUGGCUGUUUAUAAGUGAGACGCUCGCGUUGGCUCUAGACAGUGUUGGCUUACUCAACUGCUUACUUGACACAUAGGAACACAGCUAAGUUUUCCUAAUAUAUUGGACUUGUUAUUGUUAGUAGCCUACUUUACCAGGCAGCAACAUAUACCC